CACCACACCUAGGUCUUCACCGUAGGAUCGUCUUGUUACUGGGCAACGCUGCCGUUUGAGGGAAACACAUAGCAGCCCGGCUUGAGUAUUCGAGGUCGGCAAUCCCGAUCCAGAGCGGCCCUUCACGCAUCAUUAGGAAUGGCGCGCGAGGCUAUCUCCCCGGCUCAGAAGCUCAUCAAUCGUUAUGUAUUCAACGGAGCGGUCUUCUCGGGUCUCGCGGCCCUCGCCCUGGGGCGGUAUGCCUGGGUUGCAGCCAACACUGCAGAGUACAAUCAGCUACUCGACUUGUCGAAGCAGGCGUGGACUGCUGCACCUUCAGCCCUGAUCGUGACCGUGCUGUCCGCAAUUCUGGUGAUUGGGUGGUUCACACGGAAGUACGUGCCGCGCCUAGCUAGGCCGGUGUUCCUGAUCGACACCUACACCUACAAGCCGCCUGACCGCAUGAAGGUUUCCCGCGAGAACUACAUCCGCGGCGCGCGCAUGCGCAAGAUCUGGGGAGAGGAGGCUCUGCAGUUCCAGGAGAAGCUGCUCAACAGCUCUGGCCUGGGCGAUGAGACCUACUUCCCAGACAGCAUCAUCCAGGAGCCCAUGAAGCUGACCUGGAACGCGGCCCUUGAGGAGACCGAGAUGGUCCUGUUUGAGACCGUGCACAAGCUCCUCAAGACCACCGGCAUCGACGCCCAGGACAUCGACAUCCUGAUUGUGGUGUGCUCCUGCUUUGCGCCGACCCCCUCGCUGGCGUCCAUGGUGGUGAACCACUUCAAGAUGCGCACGGACGUCCUGUCGCACAACCUGUCCGGCAUGGGCUGCUCCUCCGGCGUCAUCGGCAUCGACGUGGCGCGCCACUACCUCCAGGCGCUGCCCAACAAGCGCGCUCUGGUGGUGGCCCACGAGAACAUUACCAACAACUACUACCCGGGCAACAACCGCUCCUGCCUCGUUUCCAACUGCCUCUUCCGCGUCGGCGGCGCCGCCUGCCUCCUGUCCAACAGGCCGCAGGACCGCGCGGUGGCCAAGUACGAGAUUGUGCACUGCGUGCGCAGCCACAUCGGCGCUGAUGACGACGCCUUCAACGCCAUCAGGCAGCGCGAGGACGAGGACGGAAUCCGCGGCAUCCUGCUGCAGCGCAACGUGGUGCCCACUGCCGCGCUCGCCCUGAAGACCAACAUCGCCUCCCUCGCACCCCUCGUCCUCCCCUUCACUGAGCUGAUCAAGUGUGUGAUGGACAAGGACUACAUCCCCAACUUCAGGACGGCGUUUGACCACUUCCUGGUGCACACUGGCGGCCGUGCGGUCAUUGAGGAAGUCGAGAAGAAGCUGCGCCUGGACCCCUCGCAUGUGCAGCCCUCCAAGGAGACCCUGUUCCGUUACGGCAACACCUGCUGCGCUGCCGUCUUCUAUGUCCUCACCAACAUGGAGUCCCGGGUGGGCUGCAAGAAGGGCGAGCGCGUGUGGAUGCUGGGCUUUGGUACGGGCUUCAAGUGCAACAGCGCUGUGCUGCGUGCUCUGCGCGACGUGAAGACCGUGCACGAGUCAUGGACCUGAGCGCAGGCGUUCCCUGCAUGUGGCCUGAUCAGGCCGCCAGCUCCCAGAAGCUUCCGGAAAGCUUCCACAGAGUCUACUGCACCAAUGAGCACAUCAUAGGAUGUCAUACAUGGCCCCACCAGGCACCGCUGGCGAGAACCAGCCUCCGCAGUGCAGCAGCAAGGGUCAGCUCGAGCUAGAGCCAGCUAGAAAGUCCACCAUAGGGGGAGACACCAGGCGACUGAUAGUGUUGGCAGCUUUAUGCUGUAUCCGUCAACUUCCACCCAGCCUGAAGCUGCGCCUGCAGCUGCCUGUGGUCUCAUCAGCAGCAGCCAUAUUGGUGUCAUGCAUUGUGCCCUUAACAGGGCAGCUGCUGCAUUAGCCACAAACACUCGCAGCAGAUGCGUUGUUGCACCAAACCUCCACUUAAGUGAGCGGCAUGUGCAAAACAUUCUUAUUGCAUCAACAUUUACAUGUGAAAGGUACUCAGUGCAGGCACCAGCUCAAAGCAGGUUGCUCGAACUUGAGUGUGCCUGUUCAGGCAGUAGUGGUAUAUCCAUUUUUUGCUGGCAGCAGCAGGUCUCUGCACUUAUAUUUUGCGCUCAGGUGUAGACACUGUGUUUUGUUUGGUGGGCUGCUGUUUGAGAAGCCUGGCUGCUGUAUAGCUCUGUCUUUUUGGGCUUGAGGGGACCAAAUUGGUUCUCUCGAGACCCCAAGAGAGUGUUCGCUGGCUGGCAUGACUCUGAGCUGAUGGCAUGGAAGAGAAUAAAUCUGUUGGUUUGAUGCGCAUGAGUUGCUCAGUGGUACACUGCCGGUGAGCAAGAGAGUACAUAGAGCAUUAGUGUGAAUGCCAGAGGUGAGUCAGUGGUGUGCCCGCCUGACUCGGAUUCAAAAGUGCAAAAUUGCGCAGUCUGCAAAUUGGUGGCAUGAAUGUGUAGGGAGCAAGCUGUGAUCAGUCUGGCAUUGCAUACUUUGAUUUUUCUCAUGUGUGCACCAACGCUCAUUUGCGUUGAUGAGUGAGUCUUAUUGACAGGCUUUGUGUGAGUGGUUGGAUCCAAGGAAGAUGUAGAACUGGUUGAAUAAGGUUGAUGAAUUGUGAACAUGAUUUCUGGCAUCAGCAAACUAUGCCAGAAUUGUUGCUUGUUUUCGAGUGCUGACAGCAUACUGCCCUUUCAUGCAAGCUUCGUUUUUGUAAGGACCAUUGUGAGAAAUGUAUGCC